AUGCAGACGGCAAGGCAAAAGGCUGAAGCGCAAGGUCGGAAAGCUAAGCUUGCCAACUCAUACCAUGAGCUACUGGAAGAGUUCUCGUCGAAAGACCUCCGGACGGUUGGAAACUAUACACUCGGGCGUCUGAUCGGAAAGGGUUCAUUUGGCAAGGUCUAUUUAGCUACGCAUAAGCUCACGAAUGGCUCAAAAGUUGUCCUCAAAUCCGCCAAUAAAGAUGACUCGAAUCUGGCCCGAGAAAUACACCACCAUCGGCAAUUCCUUCACCCUCAUAUUGCGCGCCUAUACGAAGUUAUAGUUACGGAAAGUCUGGUAUGGUUGGUGUUGGAAUACUGUCCAGGUGAUGAAUUGUAUAACUACCUAUUGGCACAUGGACCAUUACCCGUGGAAAAGGUACAGAGGAUUUUCACGCAGCUGGUUGGAGCCGUUACAUAUGUCCACAACUCUGCAUGCGUUCACCGAGACCUGAAGCUCGAAAACAUCCUCCUCGAUAAGAACGAGAAUGUCAAGCUUGUCGACUUCGGCUUUACCAGGGAAUACGAGGGCAAGGCGAGCUAUCUACAAACAUUCUGUGGCACUGUCUGCUAUAGCGCCCCAGAGAUGCUGAAAGGGGAGAAGUAUGCUGGCGAAAAGGUCGAUGUUUGGAGCUUGGGGGUUAUCUUAUACGCCCUUCUCUGCGGCGAACUCCCUUUUGAUGACGACGACGACAACAUCACGAGGACCAAGAUUCUAAGCACUGAACCUAAAUGGCCCGAUCAUAUUACACCCGAUGCUCGUUCGUUAUUGGGGAUAUUGCUUUCGAAAAGACCGCUGCUCCGCCCAGCAUUAUCUGAUAUCUUGACGCAUCCAUUCCUCGGGGACUACGCGCCACAGCAACAAGCUAUUCUCAAAAUCCAACAGCCCGCUCCUUUUACUACACCCCUAGAGAAAGAGACAUUGCAGCGAAUGCGCAGCGCUGGAGUUGACAUUGACCAAGUCAUUGAAAACGUAUUAGCCCGACGGUGUGAUGCCCUAGCUGGGUGGUGGUCUCUCCUUAUCGAAAAAGAAGAACGGAAGCAAGUGCGCAGAGAACGGAAACGAAGGGAGAGAGAGGCCGAAAAUCGAGCUUCCCGCAGACUGAGCGGAGCAAGCAGUCGACUUGAGCGAAUGGCACCGAUGUUAACAGGCGUCGACGAAGAGGGCAAAGAAAUCAAGCUCAGUGACCCCCCACGGAGUAGGGGUAGAAAAGAGCGGCGUAGUGCUCAUUAUCCGGAGCUCAUCCUCACUGAUCUCCCCGGACUACCUGAGAAUUCUCAGUUAGAUUCUCCAGAUGUAGCCAGUCCACCACCUCCAAUCGAAAAGGACUCGGUACGAUCAGCAAGCUCUUCCCGGCAACGAAGGCCUAUCCCGCCGCCAAAGGAGGGAACCAUUCGAGGUGCUCGGUCUCGAGGCAGUACACUACAGCUUGUGACAAAUAAUGACCUAUUAUCUCCGCAUGCUAACGGGGUAGCACCGAGACCUCAAAGACGGAAACACCAACAUGCAUUCAUUAACCACUUGGCUCAUUGGAAGCAUUGGAUUCUGGACAAUGCAAAGCGUGCUAGGUCUCCGGGCAAACGGAGUCGCUCCACGCCAGAUCUUCAUCAAAAGUCGGCCAACAGUUCCAAGCCAGGUACGAAGGAUGCCAGUCCCCGACCUGCCACUUCCAAAACCCCCCCUCAGAGCAGGCCUUCACCGCAACCUGGGCCACAAAGUCUUCCACAAGUUACUCGUAUAUAUACUACACCUACAAAUAAACGGCAUUCCCUCUCGCCUGCUCCUUUAACACCUCGCUCCACCUAUCGAAGACCUAGCAGUGGCCUCCGGGGACGGAAAUCAACAUCCUCGUCCGUAUCUUCGAUUCGGACCGUCCAUCAUCAUCAUCACACGCACUCCAAGGCCUCAUCCACAUCAUCCAACGGUUCGGGAUCCAUGAGCAAAGUUUCUGUCCCUACACGCAGCCCACACCACUCCGUAAAAGUCCUUCCAGCAACUCCAACCACGAGUGCCUUCCCCUCCAACAUCCGUGUCGUUCGCCAACCCCCUAUAUCUACGUUCAACGAAGGCGCUUCCUGGAAUAACACCGGCGGUCUUGUCUUCGCCAAACGCAAGAAAAACCUCUUCAAGGGCCCCAUGCUGCACACAUCUCCAAGCCCUAGCGGGGUUGGUAGCAGUAGUGGAACCGGUAGAGCGAGUAGCCAUAGCCGUAGCGCGAGCCUAGCGGGGCGAAGAAGCGGCGAAAUAAUUGAAGAGGAGGAUGAGGAUGACAUUGAGGAGGUGGAUGCGUUUAGCCCUAUCAUCGGACCUGGCAUGGUGGAAGAGACUUUCUUCCCUGAGGGCGAAACACCACUCCCAACGCCAAAGGUUCCUUGA